AGCCCCGACCCGGAUUCUGCAAUUCUUCUCUCUCAAUUCCUCUCUCUCUCUCUCUCUCUCUCUCUCUCUCUCUCUCUCUCCCGUAAGAAACGGGAAGAGAAGUUUCAGGGAAGAGUGUUCGACGGAUGACUUGGAAAGGGUUUGGCUUUCUUGUCCAGCUUCGCUUUCGCCUGAACCCUCUCCGCCCAUCACUCUCUAUCUCUCUCACUUUGUCAUCUUCUUCCUCCCUUUGCCCGUUCGAAUUUAUGCCAAUGCUAAUCGAUUAGAAAGGACCGUGAUUUGCUUGUCUAAUCCCGCAAAGCUUCUGUUCCUUCCUAUUCGAGGGUUUUUGCGUCAAAGCCCCCGAGCGUUCUCCGCUGACCCGGCCGCUGAAUUGGCUUCGUAUGUAUCGUGCAAUGUGCCGUUGAUUGCGUAGGUUUGUCGGGUUUUCCGUUUCAGAGCCAUCGGAUUGCUAGAUUGUCGAAAUCUGGACUUGCCCGUGAAGUGAUCUCUUUCUUGUUCGAAGACUAGGAUCUUCUGUGGUUGAUGAGGAUCUGUAUUGUCCUGUGAUUAUUCCCUUUUGAGUGUUUGGUGGUCAGGGUUGGGAUAUAUAAGCAAGUUGGUUGAUUUUGGGUCUAUGCUUUUAUAGAAUUUAGGUUUUAGCUGCAGGAGUAUUGUCAUAGUAGAGUGUAUAUAUCUUGAUCAGGAUAUGAGUCGUAGGCUGAGGCAAAAAGUGGAAGCAAAGGGAAAGGAUAAGGUCGUUUUGCCAAGUUAUCCCGAGACAAACGAUGAGGAUUCAGUUCCCGAGCCUAAUGGGUUUGUGGACAGGACAUGCUUGCCUUAUGACACAGUGCUUCAGCUCUUUACCCGUCUGAAUUACCGCGAUAGAGCGAGCUUAGCAUCCACUUGUAGGACAUGGAGGGGCCUUGGUUCUUCCUCCUGUUUAUGGAAUUCGCUCGAUCUUCGUGCUCACAAGUUUGACAUUUCCACAGCCGCUUCUCUUGCAUCUCGUUGUUCUAAUCUUCAGAAGCUUAGGUUUCGUGGCGUUGAUUCUGCUGAUGCCAUUAUACAUCUCAAAGCGAGAAAUCUGCUCGAAAUAAGUGGCGACUAUUGCAGGAAGAUCACAGAUGCUACAUUGUCAAUGAUUGCUGCCCGCCAUGAGGCACUUGAGAGUCUCCAACUUGGGCCAGACUUUUGCGAGAGGAUCACAAGCGAUGCCAUAAGGGCCGUAGCCUUUUGCUGUCCGAAACUUAAAAAGCUACGGCUUUCUGGAAUAAGAGAUAUCACUUCUGAGGCGAUAGAAGCUUUGGCUAAUCAUUGCCCUCAGCUCAGUGAUCUCGGAUUCUUAGAUUGCCUUAACAUUGAUGAGGAUGCACUUGGAAAAGUGGUAUCGAUUCACUACCUCUCUGUUGCUGGGACGUCUAAUAUAAAGUGGUCAGUUGCAUCGAAUAAGUGGCAUAAGCUCCCGAAAUUGACUGGUUUGGACGUUUCAAGGACUGACAUUGGUCCUACCGCAGUUUCGAGACUUUUGACAUCAUCCCAGAACUUGAAAGUUUUGUGUGCUUUGAAUUGUCCUUUCCUCGAAGAGGAUACGAGUUUUUGCGCCAAUCGAUUCAAAGGGAAAGUCUUACUAGCUCUGUUUACUAAUAUUUUUGAUGAGAUAGCUUCUAUAUUUUCCGAUACUGUAAAGAAGGCAAGUGAUGUAUUUUCUUACUGGAGAAACUUGACAACCAAAGAUAAAAGCAUCGACGAAAUUGUUCAGUGGUUUGAAUGGGUCCUUUCUCAUACGCUUCUACGAACUGCGGAGAGCAAUCCGCAAGGAUUGGAUCAUUUCUGGCUGAAUCAGGGGGCUCCGUUACUGCUCAGUUUAAUGCAGAGCUCACAAGAGGAUGUACAAGAGAGGGCAGCGACAGGGCUUGCAACUUUCGUGGUUAUCGACGAUGAGAAUGCUAGUAUAGACGGUGGAAGGGCUGAAGCUGUUAUGCGUGAUGGAGGGAUCCGUAUCCUCCUCGACCUUGCCAAAUCAUGGCGAGAAGGGCUUCAGUCAGAAGCAGCAAAGGCUAUUGCAAACUUGUCGGUAAAUGCUAGUGUUGCAAAGGCUGUUGCUGAAGAAGGGGGAAUAAGUGUACUUGCUACUUUGGCAAGGUCCAUGAACAGACUUGUGGCUGAGGAGGCUGCCGGUGGUUUAUGGAAUCUCUCUGUCGGAGAAGAGCAUAAGAAUGCUAUUGCUCAGGCUGGAGGAGUGAAGGCUUUAGUCGAUCUUAUAUUCAGAUGGCCAAAUGGUUUUGAUGGAGUCCUGGAAAGGGCUGCUGGGGCAUUAGCAAAUUUGGCAGCGGAUGACAAGUGCAGCAUGGAAGUUGCUAUGGCAGGAGGUGUACAUGCCCUGGUGAUGCUGGCUCGCAACUGCAAGUAUGAGGGGGUGCAAGAACAGGCUGCUCGUGCUUUGGCUAACUUAGCUGCUCAUGGUGAUAGCAACAAUAACAAUGCUGCAGUUGGGCAAGAGGCAGGUGCACUAGAAGCCCUUGUUCAGCUUACACAAUCGGCCCACGAAGGUGUUAGACAGGAAGCUGCUGGUGCCUUAUGGAAUUUGUCAUUCGAUGACAAAAAUCGGGAAUCCAUUGCUGCAGCUGGUGGUGUUGAAGCAUUGGUGGCGCUUGCUCAGUCAUGUUCAAAUGCAUCCACGGGUCUUCAAGAGAGGGCGGCUGGCGCUCUAUGGGGAUUGUCGGUAUCAGAAGGAAACAGCAUUGCAAUCGGACGUGAAGGCGGUGUUCCACCUCUAAUUGCUCUGGCACGGUCGGAAGCUGAGGAUGUACAUGAAACUGCUGCAGGAGCUCUGUGGAAUCUUGCUUUUAAUCCUGGUAAUGCUCUUCGAAUCGUGGAAGAAGGGGGAGUUCCAGCUCUUGUCCACUUGUGUUCUUCCUCUGUGUCAAAAAUGGCACGUUUCAUGGCAGCAUUAGCAUUGGCAUACAUGUUUGAUGGAAGGAUGGAUGAAUUUGCACUGGUAGGGGCAUCGUCAGAAAGCACGUCGAAGAGUGUGAGCUUAGAUGGGGCGAGAAGGAUGGCUCUGAAGCACGUUGAAGCUUUCGUUUUGGCAUUCUCGGAUCCCCAGAUAUUUGCGGCUGCUGCCUUAUCAUCUGCCCCGACUACGCUGGCACAAGUUACAGAGAGGGCUCGCAUCCAAGAAGCCGGCCACCUCAGAUGCAGUGGUGCUGAAAUAGGAAGAUUCGUAGCAAUGUUACGGAAUUCUUCAUCUAUACUCAAAGCAUGUGCUGCCUUUGCGCUUUUCCAGUUCUCGAUACCGGGGGGUCGACAUGCAAUGCAUCAUGCGAGUCUCAUGCAGAACGCUGGAGCGGCAAGAGUCCUCCGGUCCGCUACUGCAGCUGCAAACAUGCCUCGUGAGGCUCGGAUCUUCGCCAAGAUCGUCCUCCGUAACCUCGAGCAUCACCAGGCCGAAUCUUCCAAAUGAAUCAAUGACCUUCUCUCUUUUUUCAGGCAUCAUUCUAGGGUUUGUUGUCUCGGCAUUACAGUGAAGUCUUUUUACUUCUGUGUCAAAUGUAGAAGAAAGCGAACCAAGCCAAGCGAUUGGAGCCAGGCUACGUCGCAGAAAAAGCUCUCAAAGACUCUAUCCUAAACGCCGGUUUCCUGAAGUGUGAUUCCUUUUUUCGAAAGGAAAAACAAUUAGACAGAAAGGGGUUUUGUCAGAUAAAAAUGGAGAUGGUUUUCAUUGGUGGGACAUUAGGGCAUAUCUUUGGUCUCUGUUUUUGGAGAUUCUCUGUAAUAACAUGAUGUGGAAAAAUGAGGGAUCUUGUCUCUCUUGGACAAAUAGUUUGGCUGAUGUUUUUUUUUUCUUGUGACAUUUAUCAUAAGUACAGAACGUUUUGAUUGA